AUAAUAAGGUAGCUAGCUAGUAGUAAGAGAGCUUAGACAUGGCUUCUUCCUCUUCUCCACUCUUCACAUCUUGGCAGAUUACCCUCAUUACCCUCACCACCAUCUCCUUCCUCUCCUCCUCCUCCUUCCCCGCCUCCGCUGCAGCAACAAAACAAAACCCUACAUCGCCCUUCAAGAAAAUCUACGCCUUUGGUGACUCAUUCACAGACACAGGCAACACAAGAUCCAUCUCAGGCCCUAGUGGCUUCGGCCACGUCUCAAACUUUCCCUACGGCAUCACCUUCUUCCACCGCCCCACCAACCGCUACUCCGACGGCCGCCUAGUCAUUGACUUCGUCACCGAGUCACUCUCCUUGCCCUACUUGCCACCCUACCGUGUCGUUUCGAGCAAUGCCUCAGCAGACUCAACUCACGGAGUUAACUUCGCCGUCGCGGGUUCCACUGCCAUAGAGCACGAGUUCUUUGUGAAGAACAACCUCAGCCUUGCCAUCACUCCUCAGUCUAUCCUGUCUCAGCUGCUUUGGUUCAACAAGUUCUUGGAAAGUAAAGGUUGCAAAGUUGGAGGACCGGAAUGCAAAUUUGAUGAUGCACUUUUUUGGGUUGGAGAAAUCGGAGUCAAUGAUUAUGCUUAUACACUUGGAUCUGCUGUGCCAGGUGAUACAAUUCAGAAGCUUGGGGUCAGUAGGGUUACUAGCUUUCUGCAGGCACUGUUAAAGAAGGGUGCCAAAUAUGUUGUUGUCCAAGGUCUGCCACUUUCAGGCUGCUUGCCGUUGGCGAUGACGUUAGCGCCGGAAGACGACAGAGACAGCGUCGGAUGUGUCAAGAGUGUCAACAACCAAACCUACAGCCAUAACCUUGUGCUCCAAGCAAAGUUGCAAGUACUCAGGAAACAGUUUCCCCAUGCUGUCAUAACCUAUGCUGACUACUGGAAUGCCCAUCUCACAGUCAUGAAGAAUCCGAGCCAGUACGGUUUCACGGAGAGCUUCAAGGCCUGCUGUGGGAAGAGCGAUGACCCCUACAACUUCGACGUGUUUGCCACUUGCGGCACGCCUUCUGCCACCGCCUGUAAAAGCCCGUCUCAGUACAUAAAUUGGGAUGGAGUUCAUCUCACUGAAGCCAUGUACAAGGUGCUUUCUGAUAUGUUCCUAAAAGGCAACGCCACUCACCCUCCUUUCAGUUCCUUGUUGGACAUAAAACUGCGUAACGGGUGAAUGGCCUGCCUUCGGAUGAUCAGAUUCAUCUUUUAGUACUUUUCUGUGUUGCUUGUGAUCUCUUGAGAGUAGAUAUUUCUGUGUUCGAAGUAUGCUUGAGAACUUUUUGAACUAUUUACUAUAUAUAAUAUAACCUGAGUGAAAGAUGACUCCUUUUAAAU